CACAAUACACAAUUUAGUUGCCUUUGUGGAUGAUCAAAGAGAGAACGGCGCAUGUGUACUCUACAUAAAGUCGACCCAAUUAUCGUGUAUUUCAAGAUGUAAACAUUGGAUUUUUAUGAAAUGUUUUUAACAAAAGAUGGAUAUACAUAGUUUUCGGAGUUAUAUAUCUGUUGGGUGAAUUUUAGUCUCUGUUUAUCGUUUUUUUAACAAAACUAUCCGAAAAUGGCCGACUCUCGUUCAAGUUUUCUUACACAGUUUUGUGUACUGGUUGUUUUUAUGUCAAAUUUAUGUGAUAUCGCUCAAAGUUUGGAUCUAUCGUGUAUAGAAGUGAAGAAAGAAUACGUAAAGCUGGGAUUUCGAGAUGAUAGUAGUGUACCCAUUUCACCAAUUUCAGGUGAUCAUUUACAGAUCUGUCCACACGGGAGCACGUGCUGCACGUCAGACAUGGAGAAUAAGCUCAAGUCACUCAGUAUGAAGGAGUAUGAGUCAGUAGCUGAUGAAGCAUUUAGAUUUAUCAAAUCAACAUUUGUAUCUAGAACAAAAAAAUUUGAUGAGUUUUUCACAGAACUUUUAGAGAACUCCAAAAAAGACUUACAUGAAAUGUUUGUUCGGACUUACGGAUUAUUAUACCAGCAAAAUGCUGAAGUGUUUUCCAAACUUUUCCGUGAUUUAAAACUGUAUUAUAAAGGUGAAAAUUUAAAUCUUGUGGACAUUUUAAAUGAUUUCUUCACGAACCUACUACAAAAAAUGUUUGAGUUAUUAAACGCGCAGUAUGUGUUUGAAAAAGACUACUUGAGUUGUGUUACACGGCAUAUGGAUGAUUUAAAGCCGUUUGGCGAUAUUCCACAAAAAUUGAAGCUGCAAGUGAAAAGAGCAUUUAUUGCUGCUCGGACUUUCGUUAGAGGGUUAGCGAUUGGCAGAGAUGUGAUAUUAGCAAUGGAAAGGAUAAAACCCACAGAAGCUUGCACCCGCGGCAUGACCAGAAUGAUGUAUUGCCAGCAUUGUGGCGGGCUCACGAGGACAAAGCCGUGUAAUAACUAUUGUCUCAACACAAUGAAAGGUUGUCUUGCCCACCAUUCUGAGCUGAACAAAGCAUGGAAUGAAUACAUUGAAGCCCUGAAGUUGGUGGCAGAGCGACUUGAAGGUCCUUUCAACAUCGAGACAGUGGUAGAUCCGAUCGACGUUAAGAUCUCUGAGGCAAUCAUGAACUUCCAGGAGGACAGUACUACAGUCACAGAAAGGAUCUUCAAAGGUUGCGGAGAGCCACGUAGAAACACUAACAGCCGCUACAAGCGUCAGUCAUCCACAUAUGAGGACUAUGCUUACGGAAAGGAGUUUAUGACCUAUGCUCGUGGUGGUCAGAGCAAAGAAAACGUAGCAACUGCUGCAGGGACCAACCUUGAUCGACUUGUUAAGGAUAUCAAGGACAAGGUUGAAGCAGCCAAAAAUUUCUGGGUGCAGCUUCCAUAUUCUAUAUGCAAUGGCGACAUAGCAAAUCAGCCUGGUGAAGACGAGGACUGUUGGAACGGACAGGAUCGAGCUAGAUACGUGCAUGAGGUACAGAAGGAUGGUCGUAUAUAUCAAGUGAACAAUCCAGAAGUGACCGUCGACGUGCAAGAGGACAACGGCAUUAUCUCCGUACAAAUAUACAACCUGAAACUGAUCACUACAAAAUUACACAAUGCUUAUCAUGGUGUAGACGUAGAAUGGAGUUCAUCUAAUAUUGAUAUUGAUGCAAGUGGCGAUGAUCUUGAAGGUAGUGGAGAUGGAGGAAGAAGAGGCAAAGGGGACCGUGUGGUUGCCAGUGGCGACGGUGCAGGUGGCGAUGAUGAUGACAGGGAUGUGUACAGUGGAUCUGGGUCAGGUUACGGAUCGGAUGAUGAUGAUGAACCAAGAUAUCCACCAGUGCGUCCAGUAAGACCUCAUUACCCAACUCACACACGUAAACCAGUUCGACCUAACACACCUCCAGAUGGCGAUAUUGGAUUCCAGAAUCCAAAUAAUCCCAAAUAUGACAUUAACAAGCCAAACAAAAAGGACAAAAAUGUUGAAGGUGCGGCGCCAUCUGUGUCAUCAAGUGCUUUAUUAAUUGUGUCAACCAUUUUCAUGGUUUUACAAGUAUUUUUGUAACAGAGUUGGUCAGUGAGAACACAUGCAUGUGAAUUCCAUCAAAUAUUGUUUGGGUAGCUAAGGAUAGUAAAAAAACAAAACAUUUUCGUGAUAAAUCUCUGUAAUAUAUCUUGACGUUUCUGUACAAUACGUGUAAAAUAGAGAACCAUUAUUCGGCACGAAGAUGUGCUCCAUGCAUUCAUUGACUGUUUUUGAUUGAUGACGAGGAAAAAUCAAUUUCAAAACAUAGAUAAAGACUAUGGGAGUUGUUUUUACUCGUCAUGAAUAACUUACGACUGAAAUGGCAUUUCACCCAAGAAAACGAGGAGUUAUGAAGUGACGAAAUGUUUGGACCUAAUAUUAGGCAGGAACUAAAAUGGAGCAAGUUGGGGAGUCCUUAGACCUGUUAGAAUAUGCAUGUGAUGCCAGGCGAUACGUUAAUGGAACAUUGUGAUUUUAUGUUUAUUUUUCGCUUUAUUUUGUAUUAGAGUUAUAAAUGUGCAUAACUAUGAUAUGAAGGAUCUAUAUUUUAACCUCUGGAAUAAAGGUGUAGUAUUGCAGGAGUUUCUGUAACCACUUUCGUCUUUUUGUUUUGACAUUUGUCGCUGGUAGUUGGAAACGUUCAAGAUAGUUUUACAUCAAAUUUUCAAUCCUCAGGAAAACUGCAUUGUGUUUACUAAUACUUUUCAGUGGUAUGUGAAGUUUUUAAGGUACCAAGAAACCAUCUGUUUUCGAAAUUUUUAGUAUAGUAAGCCUAGUCCAAAUCAAAGAAUGUGAGGUUUCCAUGAACCUUAAUUACUUCACUGCAUAAGAAUAAAGUAUUGGUUUACAGAUUUGUUGAGAGACAGAUAUUGUCUUUAUGACCUUGAAAUAAUUGCAAAAAAAAAAUGUUGCAGUUAUACACUGUGAUGAAGCUAUUCGUGUCGUGCGCAAAACAAUGAUCAAAAGUACAAUUGUUUUGUUAGUUUGAACUGUCUGUGCACACUAAGCAGUGUGGAUUAUUACGUUUUCAUGUUUUUUCCAGCUAAACUCACUAUACAAAAAGGUGGAAUGCAAAUUGUUGCCGAUCAAAUAUAAGAGCUGCUCUCUUCAAAAGAUUAAUUAUAUUUGUUCUGUUACAUAGAAUAAUGGUUUAAUUAUCACAAAUGCAAAUUACAGUGUGCGUUAUGUUAAGAAAUAAUAUAUCUCAUUUUGUGAUUUGUCGCUGAACUAACGCAUUGUUUGGAGUGCAGAUGUGAAGAAAUUAUAUCACAAGUGUAAUUCAUAUACAUGAUCAUAAAUUGACAUAGCAUUUCAAUGUCCAUUUCAUUAACUUAGUUUCCAUAGAAAUGAAUAACAGCAAUAGUAAUUCAGAAUACCCAGAAAUGACUCCGAACUAGCCAAGUCGAUGGACGUCCGGAAAAUUUCAAUAUUUAGCAAGCUAAGCGGUAUUUUAUGAAUAAGAUAAUAAUUUAAAAAAGAAAUAUGCUGAAACAAUUGUCCCAUUUUAAUUUUCUAAAAACUGCUGCGCUGAAGGUGUAACUUAAAAACCGCAGAUUUCAUUCUUCCCUUAGACAUUUUUUGCAUGUGACAUGAAUAGCUUCGCCGCAGUGUAAUAUACUUAUCUGAACGUUUUCAACUUCCUUACUGACCUUAAUUUAAUGGGAUACCUAACCUAUACAGUUGUUACAACAUGUAUAAAAAUAGAAGCAGUGAGAACAGGUCUUUUUUUGUGAAAUAAGGCCAAACCCAUCUUUAAUGGGUGUUUGAUUGAAAGGCAAACAUAAAAUUAUAUUUUUUUUUCUGUAUUUAAAUGUCGACUUGGAACUCCUGUCAGUAUUUGCAUGAAAUAUUUGUUUUUUGUUAUAUUCUUUUUUUAAGCUCUGAAAAGAACUCUGCCCCUUUAAAACUGGACAUAAAGCAGCUAUAAGGAUGAUGGUAUCCCUUUAAAUUAAUUUCAGAUUUUAAUGUUGUAUUUGUCUUUUAAGUGUGUAUCAUUUACACUUUACACAGAGAAAUGACAUAAAUGGGAUCAUAAUGUGUAAACAUGGGAUUGUGUGUUCGGAAAAAUUGUGUUGAUUUCAUGUAAUGGAUCAAUAACAUAUGUGAAUGUAGAUAUGUUCAUAAUUUAAAUAAAUUUCAGUACAAGAGAUUUUUAGAUUAUUAAUACAGUCCAUAAAUGAAUCAUCUUUUCUGUUGACUUUCAUGGCUGGCGGUAAUUGUUCCAAGUCAGUAAUGUAAAUUUUUACUUUGAAAUUCAACUGUUUUAAAUUUUGGACAAAAGAGCAUGAUUUGUGUAUAAGAAAGGUGAUAUGAGUUUCGAAAAUUCAAAUUGUUUAUAGAAAAAUAUAGACCUGGUAAAAUAAGAUUGGAUAAAAUAAAAACAACAGGAUGAAAAUUAAAGAAGAACAUUGUAAGAAGGUUCAUGUUUAAACCUGCAAGGGGAAUUUUCAAUGAGGGCAGUUCUAAACAUUAAUAUAUUGAUAUAUAGCAUAUUCUUAUAUUAGGUUGAAAACAUUGAUUUUUAUCGUGUAAGAUAUUGUCCGUAGUUAAUAUUCUGUGUUGUUCCUUAAAUAAUUCUGAUGCUUAAAGCAUGAAAGCUCUUGUGUACAUUUAUUUACAUGAAUGAUAGAUUUUGAUAUUGUGAAUUUUUACGUAUGAUUUUUAUGUGUCUAUCUUAAGGAUAAGGUAGAGAUAGAAUUUCUUAUUUCCAAUACUGAAUACCGAUUUUGAGGGGCGUGUUACAGGUUAAGUUCUUAAUGUUAAAUCUAUAUAAAAAUUAUUUUUUUUAAAUUAUAAUUUUUCAUAUAAUAAGAUUUUUUUUUUUUUUUUUUUACUAAAAGAUCUUUUUUUGUAUUUCAAUAAAUCAGACAUUUAAUAUUAAUGAAAAACUGCCACUUAGUAUCUAUUAGCAGUUGUCACAUGUACUAUUUUGCUACCAUCUUCACUGAUCAUUACAUUUUCUUGAUUGUUCUUUUAUUUUUUUUUAGGUCGAAACCUUCGUUUUAUACUAGCCAGCAAUAAAGAUGGAGUUCAUCGUGUUAUUUAUAAAUACUAGCCAGUAUUUUUCAAAUCUGAUAAAAAUUACCUCAAAUUCAUUAUGAUUUAUAAAUAGCCACAUCAUGAAUAUUUAUCAGGGCAUGAAAAUUAUUCCCAGUUCUGUAGAUUAUAUCUGGUUUUGUUCUCCCCAAAAUGAUAUUAAACAGAAUCUGUCAACCUAUUUUGGAAAAGUUGACUCUUCCAUCUUGUAAUGUGGAGCUGUCAAAGGCAGGCAGUGGGGUGGGGUGGGGUGGGGGGAAUAGAUUAAAGAACUUCAUCAAGAAGGAAUUGACAUUUUAUAUUUUCUGCCCUGUAUUCACAUUUUUGUGCUUUUUAUCACCGAUUUUUAUUACUUUUUUGUGUGAGCUAUUUCUUUACCAUUUUUAUGACAAAUUUUAUAAACACUUUUAGAGACAUAUAUUUAUCAGAUGUCAAAAUAGUAUUUUACAUAUCUAAAAUGUGCCAUUUCAUAUCAGGACAAAAAAAAAAGAGUGCAUAGGAAUAUUGUUAUUUGUAGAAUUUUCAUUUACAAGUUAGUAGACAAUGUUUACAGUGUUUUCAUCUAACAAUGUAUACUCUAUUUUUAAAUCCAGAUAAAUUUUAGUUUUAGAACCAUCUUGGAAAAAAAAACACCUGUAUAAUUCUAUUAUUAGAAACAAAAUUCUAUUAAUAGAAACACAAUUUCUUUUCCCAAUUAGAAUCUGAAAUGGAAACUGAAAGGUUAAGAAUAACAGUACUAUGUAUAUUUGAAAAUGGGUAAAUGUUUCCGUAUGGUAAGUACCAUUUGAUAAUGCCUACAUGUACAAAAUUAGUAAUGUCUUUAUGCCUAAGAAAAUAGAUUUCUGAAUUUACAUGGAGGAAAAUAAAAACACAUUUACUGCUGAAAGUUGAACAGGGCUUGAGCUAUAGAAUUUUCUUUUCAUUUCUAUGGUGCCAAACAAGGCUCGAGCUAUAGGUUUUUCUUUCUCUUUAAUUUUAUGAUGUGAACAGGGCUUGAGCGAUGUUUUUCUUUCUCGAGUAUUUAUUUGAUACACUUGGAAAAUCUGAAAAUUUAGGAAUCUAUUUAUAGUAAAGACAUUCAGUUGAGGCACUGUAGCUCGAAGGUGCUUUAUUUUGUAUAAAAAGAAUCGUGCAUUGAACCAUGUGUUUAUGUUGUAUACCUUCAUAGAACUUACUAAUCAUCGUAUUGGCCAUAUAUUUUCCAAUGACAGCCAUGCCAAAACAAAAAACAAAAACAGCGUAUCAAAAACAGCUCUUUUAUCACGGGUAUAGUCUUAUUUUUAGCCAAUAAUUACUGUCUAUUCAAGGCUUUUUUUAAGAUUCUUUUUUUUUUACUGCCUGUAAACUGGUAAAAGUUGUGAACAUUUUUCUAUGGAUGGACAUUAGAAAUGCUGUUUAAAUAAGUCGUCAAAUUGAUAAAUUUAUCCUGAACUUUUAAUUUGUUAAAUUAAAAAGUAUGCGUUUUUGUUUGCGUCUGAUUAACUAGUCCUGUAUAGUGAAAUUUGUCUAGAAAAAGACUUUAAAGUUUGAGGCAGUAGAGAAGUUAAUUUACUCAGAAUGUUAUCAAAUCGGAAAGAAAAUAUUUGCCUUUGUACAGAGAAGUUGGCGGUUGUAGAGAUUCAUAAACUUUGAGGUUAUAUUGUAAUUGUUAUAAAGACUUUUUGGAAGUUUUGAGGUCUUAAUGGGCAGUGGGAUACAAUACAAGGCAUUGGCUAAUGAGUAAAUAUUGGAUUUAAUUGGUUUUUUUCGUCACUGAAUUUCUUUUUCUGUCAUACACAUUGAUUUCCAUUUCAUAGACAUAUAAGCAAGAAGUUCUCAUAUUUUUGUGUAGAAGUUUGAUUACAACAAGGACAGAAUAUAUACUCUGUGUGCUGUUUCAAUGUGUUGUCAGGUUGUUAAUUUUGUACAUAGAAAAAAAAAUUGGUUAUAUAAUUAUGUACGUUUUUCUUGUGUACUGUAUACAAAAUCCUUUUAAUAUUAAAAGUUGUAUUAUACAGCGAUACAUAAAUCUGUGUUACUAAAAGAAAAAUCAUGUUUCACUGUAAUACACUUAUAUGCACAUUCUUCUCAAAGUUACACGAACUUACACACAGUUUAUACUGUAGAUAGUGUAAUAUUUGCAAAAGUUUUAUUUUCAUUAAUAUUCAUGAAUGAUUCCACACAUGAAUUUGAAAUAUGAAAGCUGCAUCAUGUCUUAAAACACAGAUACUCUCGUUUUUGCAAAUUCUUAAGGUAAUGGACCCAUAAUGAAAAUCGGCUAUUUCUGUGUAAUUAUGUAUGCGAUUUUGGCAUCCUUAUUUUAUUUUCCUUAACAACUGGAGAAUGUAUGAAUCACAUACGGAGAUUUUCAAUACGGGUCCACUACCUUAAUACUGUGAGUAGGGUUGCUUAUCGUUAAAAUUGCAAAAUAAAGCCUUUGCAAAUUUUACUCAAUCUGCAGUACCGGUACUUUAACAAAUUUUAAAAUAAAGUCUAAAUUUAAACAAACAUCUCGUGCAAUUUAUACUAAAAAAAAACACUUUUAAGUGUUUUAACAAAUAUCAUAAGCCAAGCUUCAUAUGCCUGAAAAGAUUGAACCAGUCAGUUUAGUUGGAUGUUAUGAUAUUAAAAGACUUUUAGAAUGAAAAUUCUUACCAUUUUUAUAACUUUAUCAUGAAAACACUGGGCCUCCAGUAGUGUUUUGAAACCUUUUCAGUUUUGACAUAUUUUUGUAUGUACUGCAACAUUUUUUUAUGAAACUUCGUAGAAAUAUUGAACUUUUUAAGGUGGUUAUUUGUAGAAAGUUUCAUCAUACCUAUACAAAAAUUUAGCAAGCUGAAAACAGGCCCAGUGGUUGAAAAGAAAUGAUACUGAAAAGUACUUCAUUUUAUGUACUUAAGUGUGCUGCAAAAAAACAAAAAAAGUUUGCAUAAGUUUUUGAAUCUUAGCCUUAAUGUGGAAAUUACUUACCGGUAAUAUUUUGAUGUGGAAAAAAAAUUAUGUGAAGUUACUGAAUUCUUUUCAGGAUUUUCUAAUUUAAAAUAAAAAAUUAGUUGCAAACAAUAAUUUCAUAUGUCAAACAUGUCUUAGGCGUUCUACAUUCUUGUGUUACCUCACACAUUUACUUUUAUCAGUUUGUAAAAUUCAUUUACUAUGUAAGAAGAAAAUUCAGUAAUUCUAUGCCAAAAUAAAUGUCAUAUUCAUUCUUUCUAUACUGUGUUGGUGCACCGUAAAACCCAAAUAAAUUAAUAAAUUGUCAUUUUAAAAAUCUGGUGUCAAAAGAAAUAUUCAGUAAUUUGGUGUCAGUUGUAAAAUUCUAUAACAUCAGUGUCAUAAUAGAAAUUUGGUGUCAAAAUAAAUUUAAGAUCUAGCAGUGUCACAGCGAAGAAAUGCAAUUAUCAUGGUACACUGUAGAUUAGGGGAUUUUUUUGUGUCCCAUUUAUUUCCGAAUUCUGACGCAUUAUAAUUCAAGCUCGCUCGAAGUUCUUGAAUUGUUCUUACCGAAUGAUUUACAAACAUGAAAUCACCACUGAUAUUACCCAAUAUACAGCUUGUAUAGUGGAAUUAUCAUCGAAUCUGUACUAACUGCUGAAUUAUAAUUCAAAUAUUAUGCCUGCAAUAUCACAUGUAACGCUACAUCGAAUAUUAAUCGAACAGUUUUCACGUCACACAUGCACGUUUCAGUCUUAAAUUGCGUUUUGAAUAGUUUUUCCACUACAAAACAAACUGACUUUUGUGAAGACAUUGUUAACUGUGGUAACAUAUUGCGCAUAAAGGUUGUGUCAGUUUGUUAAAAAAAACAGUAUGGCGAUAAGGUUCUGUGAAAAAGUGAAAUAAUGGUUCAUGCAAGCUAUGAUGGCCUACUCAGUAAGUAAUGAACAUUUUUCGAUCCUGUAUUGGCAGAUGUUAAUCUUGUUUUCUUUUUCCGAUUUCUCGAAAACUAGAAUAGAUAUUGUGACAUAAUUUAAUCAUAAUCUAGUGUGGCUAAAGAAAAAAAAAAGAAAACUUCUUUUAAUGUUUAACACUUACAGGCAGACUGAUGAAGCUUUUAUAAGUUGCAUAAUGUUAUUGUUUAUAAGCUUUAAUAAGUAAUUGUUAUUUUUCUUUGUGCUUUUUUCGAGAAAAUGACCAAAAUGAUUACUGACCCGUGGUCAUUUUGCCACACUGACGGAGUAACUUGAUUUUUUUUUCUUAGAACUUUAGUCAUACUGCACAAAGAUUGUGUUAUAUUUGAUAAGUAUCCUUAAGGUAUUUAAAGUUCUGUUUUCAAUUUACUGUUGUUUUUGAAUCGUACUUAUUCAGUUUAGUGAACAUAUGUAAUUAAGACUUAUUUUAACUGAAUAAAGAUUAAUAAUUGUAAAACUGUU